AGGAAAAGCUGUGGAAUGGCGCCCGGUCGGGACGGCCCGCUUCGGUGCUGAGGAGUUCAGAGGGAGGCUCGGAGAAGGCGGCCGUGGGCGGAACGCUGCCUGAAGCUGGUCCACCAUGCCAUUAGUAACAAGGAACAUCGAGCCAAGGCACCUGUGCCGUCAGACAUUGCCUAGUGUUCGGAGUGAGCUGGAAUGCGUGACCAACAUCACCCUGGCAAAUGUCAUUCGACAGCUGGGCAGCUUGAGUAAAUUUGCCGAAGACAUAUUUGGAGAGCUUUUUACUCAGGCAAACACCUUUGCCUUUCGUGUAAGCUCUCUAGUCGAGAGAGUUGACCGCCUUCAGAUCAAAGUUACUCAGCUGGAUCCCAAGGAGGAGGAAGUGUCUCUGCAAGGUAUUAACACCAGGAAAGCCUUCAAAAGCUCCACAACUCAGGACCAAAAGCUCUUUGACAGAGACUCUCUCCCUGUGCCUGUCCUUGAAACUUACGGCGUUUGUAAUAUGCCUCCACCUCUUAAUAUCCUCUCGUCCUACAGGGAUGACGGCAAAGAAGCACUUAAAUUCUAUACAGACCCGUCAUAUUUCUUUGAUCUUUGGAAGGAGAAAAUGCUGCAGGACACGAAGGAUAUCAUGAAAGAGAAGCGGAAGCAUAGGAAAGAAAAGAAGGAUAAUCCAAACAGAGGAAAUGUGAACCCUCGGAAAAUCAAAAGCCGGAAGGAAGAAUGGGAGAAAAUGAAAAUGGGACAGGAGUUUGUUGAGUCAAGGGAAAAACUUGGACCAGGAGGAUACCCGUCUAAUAUGGUCUAUCAGAAUGGUAGCAUUGGUUCCAAUGAGAGUGUUGAUGCCAGCUACUACCCCCCGCCUCCGCAGCCAGAUUCACCAUUGCCUCCUUUGUUCGCAGAGGACAGUCUUCCACCACCACCAAUGGAAUUUAGCUAUCCAGCACAAAAUCAGAGUGGCUCCGGAGGGCUGAAAAAAUCCAGCCUAGUCAGCCCAAGCCACCCUCCACCAGCUCCACCUAUUGGCUCGCCACAGGGUGCCAGGCCAGGAUUUGCACCGCCUCCUGCACCGCCGCCACCACCACCGAUGAUCGGUGUUCCUCCACCGCCUCCACUGUCAGGCUUUCCGACUGCAGGCAUCCCACCUCCACCCUCUCCACCCUCAUUCCCACCUCACCCCGAUUUUGCCGCCCCUCCUCCUCCACCACCUCCAGCAGCAGAAUACGCUGCUGUGCCUCCACCCCUGGUACCCCCGCCAACAGGAGGUGCACCGCCCCCUCCUCCGCCCCCGCCCCCUCCUGGUCCACCUCCAUCGUCUUUUGGCAGCAUGGAUGGGCCGGAAACCCAUCUUCCAGAUUCGGGGUCAUCCAAGGCCAAGUCCUCAUUGCCUGCUGUUAGUGAGGCUAGGAGCGACUUGCUUUCUGCUAUCCGUCAAGGAUUCCAGCUCCGUAAAGUAGAAGAGGAGCGUGAACAAGAGAAGCGAGAAGUUGUGGGCAAUGAUGUGGCAACCAUCCUUGCCCGCCGCAUUGCAGUGGAAUACAGCGAUUCCGAGGAUGAUUCUUCAGAGUUUGAUGAGGAUGACUGGUCCGAUUAAACACCUGCCCACCAUUUGGGGGUGGGGGGGUGGGGAGUGGGUUUGAGAGAAAACUUAUAUAACUUUUGAGAUUGCCAAAACCAUUUCCCUCUUAUUUUUCUCUCUCAUCCAGUAACCAAAGAUCAAUGUGUCCAACUUCUAAGUAACCACCAGCCUCUUUCUAUUGUUGGGAUUUGUGCCUCCUUCCAGCAAGAAGGAAACUGAAACUAACCCCAGAUCUCCAUAUUCUCAGGGUCCUAAUAAAAAAAAAUCUGCUCUCUUGGGGUUGGGAGAUAAUUUCGUAAAAAUGAAACAAAAGAACAUUGCCGGUCCUGUUGCAGUCAGUAUGUGUUGGUUAAAAUAGCGGGCGUCUUGAAGGCGAAUAAAACUUCCAGACGAUGCUCUUCCGCUUUACAGCUUUACAGUGUGUAUUGGAAAUACUCUGCAAGCCGCCAGUGAUUUGCCUUAUCCAGUCAAAUCAGCAAAUGGAUUUGAAUUUCUAUUCCCAACCCAUCCCAUCAGCAAUCUCCGGAAUGCUCAAUUCAAAAUGUAAAGCCCAAUGUUCAUGAGAGUUGCACUAUAUACAGAACAGUUACUUCCCCCCCCCAAAAAAAAAAUCCUGUUUUGACAGUCUGAGGUGUGACCCAGAGGUCAUAGAUCCUUUUUGCCCAGUUCCAUAUUGCCAAGCUGGUUUCACUAAGGAUAGAAUUAGUACCUGCUACAUGGGCAGUUACUUUCUGCCAUGUUCCCCAAAUAGAAAGCAAUAAGCACUGGGCGUGAUCUUGUAUUGCAGACAAUACAGCUGCAUCAUCUUGGUCUGUUGGGGGCCGUAAGCGGAUCAGAUUGGUUGCACAUCCGUUUCAAAAUUAUGAGACUGUAACAUAUUAGAGGCUGAGCAGCAGCAAUUUCAAGCCAUUGGCCCAAGCUCUCUGGCUCUUCGGGCAUCACAUGGGAACUUUUAGGAUUUAAAAGUUGGUCAUCUCUAUAUGCCUAGUCUGCUUCACUAGCUUGCUUUAAUCCUUCAGCAGUUAGUUCCAAGGUCUAAAGCAGCAGCUUUAGAUCCCCUUACCUCUUUUUAGACAGGUGCCUUUUUACAUUAGCUUCUCUGGGUCAAGAGUUCUGGAUACAUUAGCUUCUCUGGGUCAGUUAGUUCCCUUGGCCAAGAGCUGGUGUGCGGAAGGUCCUUAAAUUUAUCUGGGGAUCCUGGUUACUGGAAUAAUGACAGCCACUCCCAUAACGAGGGUGCUUCUUCUGGGUGCUAAUUGGGAGCUCUCCUUU